CGGGAGGUGGCGGGAGGCGGCCCGGGCCCUCUCUCCCUCCGUCCCCGCGGGGGCACCGAGAAACGCCCCCAGAGCCGGGGGGCGCGGUCUCGCCCCGCGCAUGCGUAGUGCCGACAUCGCAGCCUCUCCACAAGCCUCGCGAGAUCCCAGGUGACGCCUGGGCUGGGCCGCGGCUCGGGGCACCGGGACGAUGGCAGCGGCAGCCGGGCGGCUCCUGGCGGCGACCCUGGCUCGCUCGGGGCGUCCGGGCUGGGGUGAGCCGGGCAGGGCCCCGGCCGUGCCGCUGGUGCCCUCCCGGGGCGCCACCGUCACCCGCAGCGGCGCCAUUUUGCCCAAGCCGGUUAAGACGCCCUUCGGCCUCCUCAGAGUGUUCAGCGUCGUGAUCCCUUUCCUGUAUGUUGGUACUCAGAUCAGUAAGAACUUUGCAGCCUUACUUGAAGAACAUGAUAUCUUUGUCCCAGAGGAUGAUGACGACGAUGAUUAAAGGCACUGGAACAGAGGAGCAGAAGGGAGAAAGCCAUUGACAAAACAAUGGUUCCAACAUCUGUCACCUGUGUUUUGUCUUUCCUAAAGGGGACAGGGGGCUUUGUAUCCCCUUUUGCCAGUGAGUGUCCUGCACAUCUCUGUAUGCUGGAAAUCUGUAGAUCAGGGUUGAAGGAAGUGCUUGAUAGGCCCUGCGUCCUUGCACACACAUGCUCACCUCAUCAAAGACUGCUUGGAAUGCCUUUAAUUAGCAACAUGGGAAACACUUUAUAAUUAAAGAUCAAGAGAUUGACAUGUGCAA